AUGGUAGGUAUAAGUAUCAUACCAUACAGGCAGGUCUUGUGCCUCUUCUUCUUUUCUCUCUCACCUUCCUUUCCUCCUUCUCCUUCACAACAACAAUCCUUCCCACCACCAAACUGGUUUCUACCACAGAUUUACCAGCUCUUCUCACCCAUCGCCAAUUCGUGUUCGGGUAUCUUUCUAUCUGUUCUCUUGAGAAAUACUUCACCUUGA